AUGGCUUGUCAUGAUACAGGUGUAAAACGUAUCUUAUUCAAGUUAAAGACUGUCUUUGGUUAUGAUUCUUUCAAGUCUCCAGUGCAAGAAAAAGCUGUCAUAGAGAUUGCAGCCAGAAAAACCGAUGUAUUUGUGUCCAUGCCAACUGGUGGAGGCAAAUCAUUAUGCUAUCAGUUACCGGCGAUACUCCAUCCAGGAGUGACUGUUGUAUUUUCGCCGUUAAUAGCUUUAAUUUAUGAUCAGAUUGAUCAUUUACAAAAUGUUGGUAUUUGCUCGAAGACAAUUAAUUCCAAAAUGGCUGAAACUGAUCGCAAUGCGGUCAUCAAAGAUCUCCACGAUCCUGAACCUACUAUUAGACUGCUCUACGUUACCCCUGAAUUGGCCGCUACUAGCGAUUUCAAACGACUGUUGAAGCAUUUAUUCGACAGAUCACGAUUGAACUACUUUACAAUUGAUGAAGCGCAUUGUGUUUCUCACUGGGGACAUGAUUUUAGACCUGACUAUCGUAAGUUGGGAAAUCUGAGGGAAUAUUUUCCCUCAGUUCCUAUAAUUGCCUUAACUGCAACUGCCAACAAAACUGUGCAAGAAGAUGUUAUAAAAUCUUUGCACUUUAGAUCAUCCUUUCAAUCAUUUAGGUCCAGUUGCUUUCGAUCAAAUUUGUAUUAUGACGUGAUAUUUAAGGACCUACUUACCGACGCUCUAGACAAUUUAAGAAAUUUCGUGUUAUCAUCUAUAAGUGGCUCCAUUGCACUUAACUCCACAUCAUCUCAAGGUUGUGGAAUUAUCUAUUGUCGUACAAGGGAUGACUGCGAUAACAUCUCUGACAAACUUGCUGGUUACGGUAUUUCUUGCAAGUCUUAUCAUGCUGGAUUAAGUGGUAAGAUUCGAGAGCAGAUACAACGAGAAUGGAUGGAUGGUAUUGUUAAAGUUAUUGUGGCUACGAUUAGCUUUGGAAUGGGAGUCGAUAAGGCAUCUGUAAGAUUUGUAGCCCACUGGUGCCUCCCGAAGUCAAUGGAGUCUUACUAUCAAGAAUCUGGACGUGCUGGACGUGAUGGCAAGUUAGCAUUUUGUCGUUUAUAUUAUUCCCGAGAAGAAAGAAAUGUUGUUCAAUAUUUACUGAAGAAAGAAGUAAAACGUCAGAGUUUGGUAAUUACAUGCCAUACGUAA